AUGUCCAACUCAUUUGCGCCUUCUGUAGCCACGAUGAGCGAUCUGGAUGGCUUUUCAGUGACAGGAGAUAAUUUCUAUCCUCAGAUGCAAUCAAUGGGGUUCGAAAGCGGAGGAGACUUUGGUUUUGAUCCUCCGGUAAAACAGCAAGCACUAUAUCCCAUCAAGGUCGAACAAACCUACAGUCCUCCACAGGACAGCAACCUCUUUGGAGACUUCGACUUCGAUCCUGCAAAGAAUGCACAAGGACAAGUCACAUCUAUCAGAGCUCUCGAGCUUGACCGUAUGAUGCCACAGAACGUUCCCAACCCUGCCACAACCGUUACGCGUUACGGUCAAGUUACUCCUCCUCGAUCAAAUUCUGAGUCUUCGGGCGAAGCCACCGCAGAGCAGAAACCUGCCAGACAAAGACGCUCUACAAAGUCUUCGGUAAAAGAAGAGUCGGUCAAGCAAACGCAGACCGGUCGUAAGCGUAGACAUACCCGAAAGAACUCCGAAAUCACACUUGACGGCCUUGAAGACGAUGACAAGAGAAAACAGUCACUGGAGAAGAACAGAUUAGCAGCCGCAAAGUGCCGCGUCAACAAGAAAGAAAAGACCGAGCAACUGCAACGUGAUUCUCACGACAAGGCUGUUCAGAACGCUUUCCUGAAGGAUCAACUCAUGCGUAUGAAAGAAGAGGUUCAACAAAUGAAUGCGCUUCUACUCGCUCAUGCUAGCUGUGAAGGCUGCAAGUCUCCCGAAGACAUUCAGAAACAUCUCAACAACCUUGGUAACGAGUUUUUCGCGCAACAUAUCUCAGGCAUGACGCAGGAAUACUCAGCGUUUGCCAACAUGUCGACUGACAUGCACGAUUUGGAACACGAUCAUUAUUUCUCGCCUGCAACGGAUUCCAGCAUGAUGAAUCCACCUCUGCCUGAAUUCAACAGAGAGCCUGAAUUUGACGUUUCCACGCCCAUGCAGACGGAUUGA